UACAGGAGGCCAGUGCUCUCAGACUUUCAAAAUGUCACCGGUGUUGUGUUUUCCUCUCUCUGUCUCUUCUUCUCUCUUUCCCUCUCUGACUUUCAACACAUUUCCUCCGUGUUUCCUCAAAAAUACUUUCCAGCCGUAGCAGACUGCAGCAGAGCUGACACUGUGACUGUCGUUGGGUAAAGAGACUGCAGCAGAGCUGACACUGACUGCUGUUGGGUAAAGAGACUGCAGCAGAGCUGACACUGUGACUGCUGUCGGGUAGACUGCAGCAGAGCUGACACUGUGACUGCCGUUGGGUAAAGAGACUACAGCAGAAAUGACACUGUGACUGUCGUUGGGUAAAGUAAACGAGAGGAUAUCUACACUAUUAUGGCUGAUGUUCCUGUUCCUCCUUCCUCACUGAGAACAGAGGGGAUCCUCCUGAGAGAGAUCCACGUCAACCUGCUGGAGUGUAAAGUCUGCUUCGAGAAGUAUAACCCACGGCAGAAGGAACGCCGGCCUCAGAACCUGUCCUGCGGCCAUGUACUCUGUCUGGAAUGUGUCCGGGCGCUCUCCCACCCCGUCCUCAAGAAACUUGAGUGCCCUUUCUGCCGGCAGCUGUGUGACGUUGACAGCACCUCCCACUGCCAGGCGCUGACAGACCUCCAGGAUCUUCUGCUCUCCCGCUCCCCCAGGUCACCUGUCCCUCAUCGGGUCAGAGGAGGCAGCGGCUGGGUCGGAGGCCUGGGCUCUGGAGCUCUGCGGCUUCGCUCAGCCUUCGGGGGCUGGGGAUCCCUGAUCAACCCCACGGGGGUGGCUGUGUUCGGGUCCUCUGGGACCGUGGUGGUGGUGCACGAUGGAGAAAGGAGGGUGGUGGUAUUCGGGCCUCAGGGCAGGCGGCUGCACGGGUUCGGGCGGAGGGGUCGCGGCCACGGGGAGGUGUGUCACCCGGUGGAUGUGGCGGUGACUCCCAGCGGGUAUGUGGUUGUGACGGAUGCCGGUGACGCUGCAGUGAAAGUGUUCACCACCAGGGGGAGUUAUGUUCUGGCGGUGUGGGACUCCUUCCAGAUGCCCUGGGGGGUGGACGUGGACAGCUGUGGACAUAUCCUGGUCACUGACAUCCAGGCCGGCACGCUCUCCCAGGUUGUGGUGGACUUUGCUCGUGGCGUGACUCUGAUGAACCGAGUGGUCAUAACCGACCUCCAGCGGCCCAAGGCAGUGGCCUGCUGUCGGGUGACGGGGAACAUCGCCCUGGUGGAGACACUGGGGCUCACCACCACACAACCUCCAAAUGGCCCCCGGCCUACCAGACUGACAAUAUUCAACAAAGACUUUAACGUGCUCUCUCAGAUAGACAGCUUUACUUUGAGCCUGGGGGCCUCCGUGUGGCCCUGCAUGUCUGCCGUGGCCUUUGACAGGGACGGGGAUGUGAUCGUGAUAGACUCCCAGCGUGGGUUGAUUUGGAGUUUGGGAAAGCUCCAGAACAGCCCGGUCCUAACCCCCCUAGUCAGUGGAGACUUGGUUCGCCCGGUGGGGCUGGUCGCCACAGCACAGAACACGCUGAUUGUUUUAGACAGUGGAGACCAUGCAGUGAAGAUGUAUUCAGUUCACUCGGAUGCUAUUCUAGUCCAAAAAUGAUGUAGGAAGAGUUAGCUGUCUGGCUGACUUGUAUUGUGAAAAAAUAUAGAAACCAAAUGCAUAAUGACUGGCGAUUCCACCUGUUGUGAUGUAACACAAUAAAAUCCAGAUUAAAAUUAUACAAAUGUUUUAAGAUGA